AUGUCAACUCGAAAAGUAGCAUUAACCUUGUUCAGUUCAAGCACCUGUUCUUUAUGUACGACAGCAAAGGCAGCCAUUGUCAAUGUACAAAAGAAGACACCGUUUUCUUUAACCGUGUUGGAUAUUCACAAGGAAGAAUGCCCAAAAGAGUUUAGAGAUAAAUACAUGUUUGAUAUACCCGUUGUGCAUCUUAACGAUAAGUUUUUGAUGCAGCAUCGAGUACCAGAGGAUUCCUUGCUGGAAGCCAUAAAACACUAUGAAGCAACAGGAGAAAUCAAAGCGACACGUUAA